UAAUGCCCAUUGCAGAAAAUUUGGUUGAACAGCAAGUCAGUAUUCUAAAAAUCGUUUUAAACCCGCACUCUCUGAUGAUGUUCACACCCUACUCUCAAAAGGGAAAUCUUUGUUUACAAAAUUUGUGUCAUUAGCAUAUUAAGCGAUUCAGUUUUUAAUUGAGCUAAAACAAAAAGAUCGGUUCUGAACAUUGACAGGUCAUAACACGAUUAGCUGUCCCAAUGAAUUUGAGCCCGAUCUGGCGAUUUAUUGAGUACUUUUUGUGCAACGCGGGUUUAAAAACACACAUUUCAUAAAGAACGUUUGAGCUCGUUAGCGUCGUUGCCACCCAGAAAUUUUGUAGUUUUUGAAGGCUAAUUUCUCCUUGAAUAUUACCUCCAAAGAGUCAACCAUUUCACCACAUACUAAGUUUGACAAGUUCUUUAAAUGUUUGGAGUAUCUAGCAUGGUGUCUUUGUUUGUAAAUGAAGAAAAUGUGAACAAUGACUUUAGCAGCGAUAGCUCUAUUUUGACCGAAGAUCGAGAGCCCGAUUGAGCGAGCAGUCUAGCCCCAGUAAGAAUUCCUUAGGCCUUGUGCUCGCUUACUACACCAGUUGAUAAUUUUCUAUAUUCUCAACAACUGUGUGCUUGGCGGUGUUAUGAUGUUGUAAGGGGAAAUAAUUUGUUGAUCACCGUUAGGAAUUGAAGAUGAAGGUGGCUCUUAGCGCUCAUCAGGUAGACUUGGAGCAAUUUUAAGGGAAUUUAUUUAGUGAGCCCUGAUCUGAACAAGUCCAUAUUUGUAAAAGUUAAAAAAUAUUAUUCUCAGUGAAACAUUCUGCAGGUUUGUAUUUGAAGAGCGCACAAAAUGAGGGGAUGUUAAUUUAAAAUGUUUCAGGAAAACGACCCUUGUUGUCAGAUUUUCGCAAGCUAUACAGUGGAAAACUUUAAGUAAUUCUCUCAAUAUAGGGCCUUAAACAUGAUGACUGAAUGGACUUUCAAAGAGCCUUGCACCUUUUGACAUAUCUUAAAAUGCAUGCAAUUUUGCCACCUUUUUACAGACCAUGUCAUCUUUAAUGCUAUUUUUAAGUCAAAUCUUAAUUUCAUCGAAAAAGCGAAAUUGAUUCUAGUUUGUACAGCACGUUGCAUACAAAAUGGCCGGAACCGAUCUUUCCCAGGGCAACAUAUUUUACUCUUUUGAAAGUCAUUCUUUGCUUUUAGUCCGCGCUUUAGAACAAAUUUUUUAAAUUGUCUUUCCUACCAAUAAUAAAUUAUCAGCUCAAGGGAUUAAGUCACAAAUCCCUAGGCGCAUUUUAAAACGCCAUAGCUUCCAUGUGCGCUAUCCGGGAUGCAUAAUUUUUGAGCUGAGUGUAACGCCUCAUCAAGACAGAACUAUUGAAACACCGAGCUGACCAAAGCAAAGACAUCGCCGAAUAGUAAGUUGCCACUGUUAAAAACAAACAGUUCAUUUCUUUGCUAAAACAGUUUGGAUUUUCCUUGGCAGUUUUAUCCAUAACUCACAGUGGUUAAUUAUAUUCCAUUUGUGUUAUUUCAUCUAAUUGCAGAAGUUUUUUGCGUGCCCUCAACUUGUUGCAUUGUGCAAACGUGAAGCUGAACUAAAGUGGUCAAAGUAGCCGGAUGAGUAACUUCAGAUCUGUGAACGGGCAGGAAACAUAACUACAGAACACAGCGAACGUAAACAUGGGAACAAAACAGUAAAAACAAACACAGAAGAGUCUUGCACGCAAACAAUCACGAGGACAACAACAGACUAAAAAAAACUACAGCAAGGUUUAAUAUGGCGUACCUGAAACGAUAUAAAAACGAGAGAACCCAAAUAGAGAUAAAUAUCAUAAAAGAAACUUCAACUAAAACAACUUCUGUUCGAAAGAAGAGCGAGGCUAAGAUGGAACUGAAAGGACCACCUUUUGGAUUAUACGAGAUCACAAUGUUUUGUCCGCAAGAUCAUGCCAGCUCCAUGAUGGAAUCUAGGCAAUGGCACAGCGGUACCCGCGACGGUAUCAACUACAGCUCGUUUAACCACCAAUCAGUGUUUAGUAAAACGAUCAGAGGCGGCAACGGACAUCGCGGCGGGGAAUCCUCGGUGGUAGUUGUUAAGAAAGAGAAACCUCCAUUUAUGACACCAGACUGGAUGGAGGAACGGCCAUCGCUAGAAACGAAGCGUCGAAAUCCUGAAGUCUUGGACAUCAACAUUCUGUUGAAAUAUCCCAGUGGUAACGUUCCUAAGAGGAAUGCACCAGAUCUGAGGAGAGUGCAAUAUGAGAGCACGAUUCGUCCAGAAGUCGCCAAGCGAGACAGCGCUGUUCCUGUAUUACCUGUUAAGAAAGAGAAACCUGAAUUUGUGACCCCAGAGUGGAUGGAAGAGCGGCCAUCGCCAGAAACAAAACGUCGAAAUCCUGAGGAUUUGGACAUCAACAUUCUUUUGAAAUACCCUAAUGGUUAUGUCUCUAGAAGGAAUGCGCCAGACCCAAUGAAAGUACAAUACGAAAGUACGAUUCAUCCAGAAGUCGCCAAACGAGACAAUUCGAUUCCUGUGCUAGCUGUCCAGAGAGAAAAACGUGCAUUUGUAACACCAGAGUGGAUGGAAGAGCGGUCAUCACCCGAAACAAGGCGUCGGAACCCAGACGUCUUAGACAUCAAUAGUGUGUUGAAAUAUUCUAACUGUUAUGUCCCUAAACUGGUUUCACCAGACCCGAGGAAGGUGCAAUACGAGAGCACGAUUCGCCCAGAAAUCGCCAAACGAGACAACUCGGUUCCUUUGCUACAGGAUUUUGAAGAUGAUGAUGAAGAUGAUGAAGAUGAUGAGGAAGAGGAAUAUGAUGAAUUCGAGGAAGUGAUUGUCAUCGUGGACGUCCGAAGAAAACCUGUCUGGCAUAGAGGACUUGAAUUACCUAAAGCAGAGCAACAGAAAGUUGGUGUAUCCAUCCAAGAUCUCCUCCAGCUGCCAACACGAAGAGUGAAGCGAGAAUCAGCACAGGACAAGCUUUCCAUUGAUAAUAAUAGUAAUGAUAUCACUAUUAUUGAUGAGAAAAUCGAGUCCGUGCAACGCCCCGCUGUGGUUCAGGAAGCACAGGCCUUGGCGAGUAUCUUCCAAGGCCUUUGAUUUAUUAACGUGCGAGGAGGCUUACGUGGGCCACACGCGAGAGCUGUACGAUACCCGAAUGAUCCAAAAGUGAGCGCCCCCGCAGGCUGGUUAUUUGUAUACAAGUAUUGUUUGUAAUUCCUACAAUGCACGAGAGUGAGAAUAAUAAUUAUUUAUAAGGAAAUUUGCAUAACGAAACAGCCUCUAUGAAGAUGUAGCCAGCCUUUUCACAAAAGGAGACGGAAUCGUAUCACGGACGACGAUUUUUUGGCUACACGCAGGCACAUGUAACUUACAAAAUUGUUUAACUAAAGCCAUUAAGUGUUAAAUCCGACAUCAAGCAUUUGCGUGCAUUAGUCUCUCUAUAUAAACCAAAGCAUACAACUGUAUACACUGAUGGAACAUCAUAAAUUUGAACUCUUCUCCAUUUCAAAUUGAAUCAUCAUUUUUCGUUGACAGGUUCCAGCCAAAACAGGACAAAAAACCGUACCAUACACCAUAUAGUUAUGUAGAUUUAUGUGUAUUCACUUUCAUUAGCCUUUGGAGCAAUAAAUUGUCACUCAACAAUCUUCAUUGCAACUUGUAUUUAACUGGCCUUGUCAAAUAUUCAAGCCUGAUUAAACACUGCACACAUACUCCAGAUUUACAUUUCAGUAACAGCUUAUGAUGGAAAUUGAACUUAUCUCCGUUAAGUUUUUUCAAAAUGCUUGAAAGUCACUUUCAGAGAAUGGUGCAAUUUCCCUGGACCCAAUAGACCAUUUUACAGUUGUCUGCUCAGUGACCUGGCCUUUGUAUGGCAGCGAGGG